GAGUACCAGUACAGUUAUGCCCACCUCCACCUCAGAUUCCUAAUGCUCAAGAUAUGAAGACUACAGUGAAUUAUCAGGAUGGAGAGAAGGUGUCUGUUCUUUGCCAAGAAGGUUACCUAAUUCAGGAAGCAGAAGAAAUGGUGUGCAAAGAUGGGAAGUGGCAGUCGUUACCACGCUGUGUUGGACUUCCUUGUGACCCACCUUCGAUUCCUAACGGUGUUGUACCUCACCAGUUAGAAACUUACCAAUUUGGAGAUGAAGUUGCGUACACUUGCUCAGAAGGCUACGGAACCAAUGGGCCAGCCUUUACAAAGUGUUUAGGAGGAAUGUGGUCCAACUCACCAAAAUGCAUAA